CACCAUUACAGUUUGUGACCUGUUGACUUUGUACACAUUACCCUUUUUUUGUUGGGAUAGAACAGAAGUUCACAGCAGAUUUGUGAAAGACAUUUUGCGCGGAGAUGGCCCUAAAGGGAAUGCGUGUGAUCGAGAUGGCGGGGCUGGCCCCGGCCCCUUUCUGUGGUAUGAUCCUGGCUGAUUUUGGGGCUUCUGUUAUUAGGAUAGACCGGACCCCGUCCAAAGGCCAGAAGACAGUGUACAGUAUGGAUACGCUCUCUCGUGGUAAACGGUCUCUUGCUGUAGAUCUUAAACAAAAGGAAGGGGUCAGCCUUUUGCGGAGACUCUGCUCCAGGGCAGAUGUUCUAAUAGAGCCCUUUAGACCAGGAGUGAUGGAGAAGUUAGGUCUGGGUCCCCAACAGCUGACGUCCGACAACCCACGCCUCGUCUAUGCCCGCCUAACAGGGUUCGGUCAGAAAGGACAUCUGGCCAACAAGGCUGGGCAUGAUAUCAACUACAUUGCCAUGGCUGGCGUGUUAUCCCAACUAGGCCGAAAGAAUGAGAACCCCUACCCGCCCAUCAACCUUGUGGCUGAUUUUGCCGGUGGGGGCCUGACCUGCGCCCUGGGGAUCGCUUUCGCACUCUUGGAGCGACACACCUCAGGCAAGGGCCAGGUCAUAGAUGCAAACAUGGUGAAUGGAUCAGCAUAUCUGUCAACAUUUCUAUGGACAUCUCGAGCUUUACCCAUCUGGCCUGGAAAACGUGGGGAAAACAACCUGGAUGGAGGGGCAGCUUUCUAUGGCACGUACAAGACCAAAGACGAUAAAUAUGUCUCCCUGGGGCCACUAGAACCUCAGUUCUAUGCUGAUCUGUUGAAAGGUUUGGGUCUUACACAAGAGGAGAUGCCACAAUAUACAGAUGGGGAUAUUAUGACAGAGAAAUUCAACGAGAUUUUUCUCACAAAGACUCGAGACGAGUGGACGGAGACAUUCAAAGACCUUGAUGCAUGCUAUGCGCCAAUCCUGGAAAGGGAGGAGGCUGAGUGCCAUCCCCACAACACUGAACUGGGCGUGUUCAUAUCAAAUCCCAGCGGAAAGGUUGAGCCCGCCCCUGCACCCAUGUUAUCACGGACACCUGCUGUCUCAGUGUUGCCGCGGCAACCAGAGGUCGGGGAGCACACGGAGACAGUGUUGAGGGGUAGUGGUUUUGGUGACAGUGAGAUUAAGGAAUUAUUAGACAGUGGAGUAGUUUUCCAGAAUGAAAAAUCCAAAGCCAAGUUGUAAUUCAAGGACGAUUGUUCACGGUGGAAGGAUUUUGAGCAAUACUUGAUCACUUGAUGAAUAAAUUUUAACCAACAUUUAAGUUAUAAUUUUUUGUGAAAGAAGUUUGGAUUCCUUUGGAAAGCUUGUUGAAAGUGAUACCAGUAUGAAUUACAAUAGGAACCUUUUGCCUCCAUAUCCCAGGGACUGGCCAAAAUACUUCAAGCCUUGCGCGUUAGUCAAAAUCACCAGCUCAAGCCAACAAGGAAAUCAAGCCAAUCGCUAUCGAGCCAACGGGUUUCAAAUGUAUAAUCGUAAAAGCAAAAAUAUUUCAAAAACUUUUAUUACGUUAACUUUGAUUUAACAAAAGUUUAUACAUUCAUAUUUAUUAUAU